UCCCUGCUGGCACUCGCACAGCGGUUCAGUGGGGUAAAGGUGAGGGGCUGCCGCAACGAGCAAGAGCCAACAACACGCUGAAAUUACAAUAUCGCUGCUGUGCUUGGAUGCAACGCUGAAGUCAACAUUUCUUGGAGAAGGGGGAACAAAUGGCUAAUCAAUUGUCAGAAUCUCUGCCAGAGCAGACCUUCCAGUACCAAAACAGCCUGCCUCCCCUGCCUGUACCAUCACUAGAGAGCAGCCUUUCCAAGUACCUGGAUUCAGUUUAUCCAUUUGCAUCUGAGAAAGAGUUUAAAGCUACAGUGGACAUUGUGAGGAAAUUCCAAGAGGGUGUUGGUAAAGAGCUACACCAGAAACUACUGCAGAGAUCCAAGAUAAAGAGGAACUGGUUGGAAGAAUGGUGGUUAGACACAGCAUAUCUGGAGGUCCGCACACCAUCUCAGCUGAAUGUGAACUUUGGUGGCCCAGCUCCCUACCUGGAGCACUGCUGGCCUCCUGCAGAGGGAGUUUAUCUGCAGAGGGCCAGUAUAAGCACAUGGCACACACUACAGUACUGGAACCUGAUCCGCACGGAGAGACUUGCUCCUCAGAAAGCUGGUAAAACAGCAUUAGAUAUGGACCAGUUCAGAAUGCUGUUCUGUACCUGCAAAGUACCUGGAGUAAAGAAGGACACCAUUCACAACUACUUCAAGACAGAGCGAGAGGGUCCGUGCCCUUCCCAUUUGGUAGUGAUGUGUCGUGGACGGAUCUUCACAUUUGAUGCACUCUGUGAUGGACAGAUUCUCACUCCUCCAGAACUUCUCAGGCAGCUGACCUAUGUGAAGGAGCGCUGUGAGGGCGAGCCAGAGGGAGACGGAGUGGCUGCUCUCACCUCAGAGGAGAGGACUCGUUGGGCGAAGGCCAGGGAACAUCUAAUAAGCAUUGAUCCGCACAAUAAGACCAUCCUGGAGACCAUCCAGAGCAGCCUGUUCGUCAUAUCCCUGGAUGAGACGAAACCCUACUCCACACCAGAGAACUACACAAAUGUGACCCUGGAAGCCCUCACAGGCAACCCCGCCGUCCGCUGGGGAGACAAGUCGUACAAUUCAAUCGUGUUCUCAGAUGGCACUUUUGGAUCCACUUGUGAUCAUGCCCCAUAUGAUGCCAUGGUACUGGUGUCAAUGUGUUGGUAUGUGGACCAGCAAAUCAAAGCUACAGAAGGCAAAUGGAAGGGCUCAGAUGCAGUCAGACCCACACCCCUUCCUGAGGAGAUGGUGUUUACUCUGGAUGAGAAAGUCCGGAGUGACAUCAGCCACGCCAAACAGCAAUACCUGGAGUCGACACGGGACCUGCAGGUUGUGUGUUACGCCUUCACUGCGUUUGGAAAAGCAGUCAUCAAACAGAAGAAGCUGCAUCCUGACACCUUUAUUCAACUGGCAAUGCAGCUGGCCUUCUACAGAAUGCACAAAAAGCCAGGUAGUUGCUAUGAGACGGCAAUGACUCGCCAGUUCUACCACGGCAGGACGGAGACGAUGCGACCCUGCACCCAGGAGGCUAUGAACUGGUGUAAAGCAAUGAUGGACCCCACAUGUGAUUUUAAUGCCAAGAGGAAAUCCAUGCUGCUGGCCUUCAAUAAACACAACAAACUAAUGGCUGAAGCCCAGGAAGGAAAAGGUUUUGACAGGCAUCUCCUUGGCCUGUAUCUUAUCGCCAAAGAGGAGGGAUGUCCCACUCCAGAGCUCUUCAUGGAUCCUCUCUACGCAAAGAGUGGUGGUGGUGGUAACUUUGUGCUGUCGUCCAGUCUGGUGGGCUACACCACAGUUCUGGGGGCUGUGGCUCCCAUGGUGCACCAUGGCUAUGGCUUCUUCUACCGCAUCAGAGAUGACAGGAUUGUGAUCUCCAUCUCAGCAUGGAAAUCUUGCUAUCAAACAGAUGCUGCGUCACUAUUCAACAACUUCUGUAGCUCGCUGCAUGAGAUGCUCCACCUGGCCACCACGUCUCAGCUAUAAGUACUCACACCAAGAGACAUAGUAGCUGAACACAGGCUAAUUUACACACUCAGCAUUUACCUCUGUCCCUGUUUGAGCAUUAAUGCAAAUACAGCUCACAAACCCUCAGUUAAUAGCCGACAGCUGGUGAUAGUCAUGUUUGUUCUCAGCACAAAUCAAUGCAAAGGCUCAGAAUCAGUACUUCCAGCGGAGAUUCACUGGUUUUGGCAUUUAGAAAAAAAAGUUUAAAUAAAUUUAGUUUUCUAUUUUUUUUGUUGUGCUAAAUAAGCUUUUUUUUUUAUGUUAAUUGUUCUUUUAGGUGUAUAUAUUUUUCCUGAUUUCUCAGAUUAUUAUGACUCUAAUGUAUGUUAGAAUGUUUAAUUUUAAAUGCAUUAUUAAGUUAGCACUCAGUAGUUAUAACUACAUUAUUACAUGACUGGUAAUAACUGCUGACUGCUUUGACUCUUGGCCUUAGACUACUUCUUUCUUUCUACUACUCCUACUGUGAUAUGAUAAAGGGCAUUCCAAUCAAACCCACAAAAACUAAGUUUGAUAGAAGUUAAAUAAAAUUGAUGUGCCUUGUUUUAGGUUUUGGUCUCCCUAUGAAAAUCCACAGAAAUAUGCAACAAUAGUACUCAACUAUUAAAGGCAGGGCUGAAAUUAAAUUUCAUUAUUGCUAAGAAAUCAGUUUGUUCUGACUUAUGUACUUACAUGGCCAUUGGUAAUUAGUGCUCUCCAGGGAUGGAGAAUUUCUGGUUACAACUGAAAAUGUCCAUACUAGAAUUGUAUUUAUAUCUGUGUAGGCAGGCACUAAAACUAGUUUGUGAUAUCACUGAAGUUCAUUCGGCCACAGGAUAAAUUAAUAAUUUUUCCAAGUCUGUCUAUAACAACUUGCACAGAACAACAACUGUGGAUUUUGUCCCCUGUCACUUACACUGGAAGAUCAUUUUUUAAUAUUUGGACAAUUAUGGCCAAAGUUUUUUUUUUUUAUCUCUUUAAUCAGUCUACUAAGAGUUGCUUUCCAUUCUACUGAGGUACUGCAUUGUGUUGCAUUAUUUCAGUGCACUGUAAAAAUGCUUUGCAGAUUGUUGCAUCUUUCUUUUGACCAAAACCUUAAUAAUCUGCACACUAUACAGUUUUCCUUUGUUUGUGUUUUCACAUCAUGAUAAAGAUAGUUUAAUGUUCACACAGUUUUAUAUUAACAUUAUUAGGAUGACUAACAUCACUGAGCCUUAAAGACAAUAUUUCUUCUGCACUGAAAGCCUUAAACUAAUCUGUUGUUAUGAUGUUUGACAAAGCUUUUAUAAACGUCUUUCAGAUACCCAAAUGAAAAGUAACUCAAUAUUUUUAACUCUGAUCAUAAAUGUUGAGUAAAAGCACUAAAUGUA